UUUGCUUUUCUCGCAAACGUCCAGACUCCUUCCAGACCCCAUCGUUGCUUCUCUUCUUCCACCGGCGAACGCGGGACAAACCACCCCUCCAACCUACACGCUCUCACGAGAUCUAGGCCUCGCGGGUGUCGCAGAUCCAAGACCCCCCCUUCCGUCCACGUUAGGGAAUCAUCGAUGGUCGUGGGCGGGUGACCUGCCCGAUGUCGCUACCGCUUUGCGCAUGACGAUGGCCGCUGGUUUGUGUGGGGUCAGUGCUGUACGGUGGCAUUAUGCGAUGCGCACGACGAGGCUACCAGCCUGCCCUCCUCUUCGGACAUGCCGCGCUCGCUGUUGUACUGUUUGUACUGGCUCUGCUAUCACGGGCUGGGCCAGGGUGACGUCCACUCGCAUGUGAAAAGCCGACAACAUCAUACAGCAUAUCUCUCUUGACUGCGCAAUGUGAAGGGCGAAGAUUGUCAAUCUCCUACUCUCCUCCCUUUCCGACGCUUGCACCAACCCCGAUGAUUCAUUUUAUGAACGCUUGCUCCUACUACUCCCUCGCUAGCUCCCUAGUUACCCAUCCGAUUAUUGUUUAUUGUUCACUGAUUCCCCAGUUAAUUCUCCCGCAGCGGGUCCGCUAGCCAGCUAGGCCUGCUCGUUCUGGCGCUCGAGGCGGUGAACUGCAGGCGUUUAAUUGCAACCAACCGCCGUCUACAGGAGUCAAGCAAGCCUGCAGCCCUCACGCUUCUGGCAAUCCUCUAGCCUGCUGUCACCAGGCCCAUCUCCGUCCCUAGCCACGCCAGGCGCUACACUACACUUUUAUAACUCAACACUUUCGCCUCCACUCUUUUUGCGCUGCUCCAUCGCCCUGACCGCACUUUUCUUCCGUUUCUACGUCAACUGUCUGUCUUCGCAAGAGAGAUUGUGUCUGUGCUGCUGGUCACCGCACUUUUCUUUCCACCUGUGCUCCCACAGCUCAAUUCCUCCUCCCAGUUUGCAUUUAUCUUCUUGGAUUUUUUGUUUCCUUUUCUCCUCUAUUCCUGGUCUUGGUCGCCCUGUUCGAGAGCAUACUCACUCCCAUCUUAUUUCCGCCAAAUAUCGCCAUCUUCAUGUGCCCAUCAUGAACCGGACUGAUAGCGCUUUCGAUGAAUCCUUUCGCCCAAGACAGUCACAAAGCGCAAAGCGUCACGCUUAUAAGAACACCCCCUCUUCAAAGAAGGAUCGAUCUUCCAAACCUCAAUCUCCCCGCUACUCUUCAAAGGACCAGCCAGCAAUGAAAGCCUCCAAAACCCCCCCGGCGACCGCAACGCAACCUAAACCACAGCAAAAAUCUACGGCCUCUUCUACCUCUUCAUCCGCAACCAAGUCCCGCAAACGCAACAACCCAGGCUCCUCCCACCCCUCCUCACGGCGAACCUCCUGUACAAUCAUCGACCCCUCACGUCCAGCGCGCCAUUACCGGAUCAAGAGCGCUCAAACAUGCCCAACUCUCAACGGCGACGUCGAUGACGUGCUCGCCCUGCACUUUCGCGCCUGCAGCAUCUUCCAAAACCCUUCCUACCAAUCCAGCUCCCUCCCAAACAGCCCUCCGCGCUCCUCCAAUGGUCUAACCCACAUUCCCCACGGGCUCGGUGAAGGGCGUCCAUCCAUCGAUGCCACGGUAGCAGCAGGUCCACCAGGUCUCCCCCGAAGAGCAGCAACCACAGACUUCGUUCCCACAUCUUCCUCUUCUCUCCCGCCAACAGCACGCCCCGAAACAGCACCAUCGCAUCUUUUCUUCGCCCCCCACCAUCACGACACUCGAGCGCAGUACGACCCCCCUUCUCCAACCUCAAACGAACAAACCGCCCUCAUCAACCUCCCCGCCUCUUCCUAUGAGAAUGCGCAGGAAUCCACCAUGUACUGGAAUUCGCCCACGACGCGCCACAUGCAAUACGCUGAAAUCGACCGCGAGACUACCGGUGUUCGCGGCUUCGUCAGACGCAUUCUGCCGCGGUGCGUUUCUGGGCCGACUGCGCAGGGGUUCUAUGAGAAAGACUCUGGUGGCGAUGGGGGUUCCGUGAGACGAUAUCGUGUUGAGCUUGCUGCUGCUGAUGAUGAUGAUGAUGAGCAUGCAGCUGGUGAUGGGCUUGAGAAGGAGAAGGAGGGGCUGAGGAUGCAGAGGGGUAAGCUGGAACGGCUUGCUCGUGGUACUGGGAAGGAGAAGGAGCGGAAGUGGGGAUGUUUUUGA